CGGGUGCACUUGAAAUGUUGGAGUGGCUCGCUCGGAGUCGCACUGUAUCCGGAGCGAAGUAGAGGUUUACCCGAAGCGAAUGUCGAAUAUCCAACUUAAAACUAACUUCACUGCGGUCGUUUCCUGCUGUGAUAUUUGAACAAGCAUACAAGGUUCAGCCAACACGCAGGUCAAAAUGAAGAGUCUGGUUGGGUAUUGUUUGUUCACCUUGGCAUUUCUUUUGAGCUUCACAGAACAGGCUAAGAAACCACAGGCAGCCGUUACUUCUCAAGGAACAGACUGCACACAGAUUAAGGCUCUUUCACCACAAGCAUCCAGUGGGGUUUAUGUAAUCCAGCCUCCUGGAGUCAAGACCCCAUUUAAGGUGUACUGUGAGAUGCGAUCAGAUGGAGGCUGGACGGUGAUGCAGAGACGCAGUGGCGGAGCGGUUUCCUUCGACAAGAAGUGGGCAGCAUAUAAAAAUGGUUUUGGACACAUGACACAGGACCACUGGCUCGGUCUGAAGAAUGUUUUCUGUCUGACCAAGAACAAGACAAAGAAGUGGACCCUGAGGGUUGACCUGUGGGACCAUGAAGGUGGCACUGCUCACGCCCUGUAUAGAAACUUUAGAUUGUCCAGUGAGAAAAAAGCUUUCAGACUGCAUGUUGGAAAAUACACUGGAAAUGCAGGUGAUGCCAUCCGUGGUGCCUAUCCAGGCAUUAACCAGAAUGGCUUUGGCUUCAGCACCAUUGAUCGUGACAAUGACGGCUGCUCCCCAUGCAUCUUUGGUGACAUUGCUCAAAUGGACUGUAGCUCUUCAGAAGGUGGUGGUUGGUGGUUCAGCCGCUGUGGCUCUGCCAGUCUGAACGGCGACUGGCAUCCUACUGGUAACCACAUCGGUUGGGCGUCAGGCCUCCAUUGGGGAACCUGGAAAACUCCCAUGCCUUACUCCAUGAAGGCCACCAGAAUGAUGAUCCAGUCUGUGUGUGAGGACCCAACCUACAUUUAACCCAAGACAGGCUGGCUUCUCUUGUAUUUUUAAAUGCAAAAAUGUUUAGGUUUUUUUUUUUAACACUGGCCAUAUGCUUCAUUGUUUCUUUGUUUCCAGUCUCAGAAGUCGAUUCUGAAGUGACAAGAUGAGUCAGUGAGUUAUCCGAUCCAAAAAUCUACAUUACAAUCAAGAGAAAAAUAUAUUUGUACCUAGAAAGAGGUAAAUGAUGCAUGUCCCCAAUGAUUCAUUCAAGUUGAACAGUUAACAGUUUUUUGAAUGAUGUAAAAUUACAGAAGGUGCAUUAAUCAGGUUAAAAGUCUGAAGAAACAAGACGAGUCAGUGAGUUAUUAGAUCCGAAGAGAGAAAUUUACAUUACCAUGAAGAUAAAAGAAUAUUUGUACCCUGAAUUAUUAUCUAUAAACCACAACAACAAUUGCACUUAAGAAAACUAGGUUAAAUAACCAUGAUCACAUUGUACCUUAGAGUCAAACCAGCAGAGAGGGUAUCUCUUAAACAGCUGCUAGAUGUACAUGUUGAAAUUCCAGCUAAUUGUAAUUGGAACCCUAUUGUAAAUUCGGGCUCAUUGCUUCUGUAUGGAAAUUUUAUGGCAACAUUAAUGUCAUCUGCUUACCCAACCUCAACCUGGCAUGUAGCUGCUUUCCAUUCUAUUAUGUUUCUGUUUCUUUUUUGUGCUCAGUCAACUUUCCCAUAGUUAGAAAUAGAUUAGAAAAAGUUAGCCUAGUGUGAAAAAUGCAGCAGUUGUUAGAGGCGGCAUGUAAACUUGCAUUGUGUGCUUGAAUCCACACUCUUGUCCCCCAACAAACACAUUUAUAGCCACUCUUUUAGGGACAUAUGUAUGACAACAGAACAUUGAUCAUAUUCUUAAUGAUGGGAGGUUCUGGAUGAAGGUUGUACAGCAGGUGGUGGGCCAGGGUCAUCUUCCAGAUGGACAUUCACUCCUUUGAACACAGUUAUGAGCACCUUAUCAUGCUGCAGUUAGUACCAGUCACUCUUAGUUAGAUUAGUGCGUCAUCAAUUGUCAAAGCUUUGAGGUUUGCGGUUCAGAUGACAGUUGCCACCGCAUAUAGACCUCAAUUGGAAAAGAGCUAAAGUGAGCCCAGAUGGCAAUAACUACGAUUGUGUUGGUGCCUCCAAAUAAGCCAUCUAGUUCAUUGGCAAUGUAACACACCUCACUUGUUGGGACAGCUACGUGGUAGUGCUACUUUGAGGUGUUCAAACCACUGCCUCAUGGUGGAGUCACUGACUGAUAGCAGAAAAGGUGGUGAAUUGUUGAACUGCAGUGCCAUCUAGUGCUCGCCACACACCCUGGUAGUAAUAGCCAGAGAGUCCAGACUUCACAGUCCAGACUUCGUACAUGAGACCCCUGGUCUUCAUCUUUGGCUGACCUGAGAGGGUGGAGUUAUUUUACAUUUUGCUUAUUGUCAAUAAAUCGCAUGCAAACACCAAACCUUGAUCACUCCCUUGCCUGGCCUCAAGUCAGAUUGUUUCUAGUGAAGGCAUAAUAUCUUUUAUGAAUGUUUCACAAGUACAAAGUCAAUUUAUGCACUCUGAUGUUUAUCAAAAUGCAGAAAUAAACAAGUUUGCUGAAAUUGUCUGAAAAUGCAUUCUGAGGAUAAAACUCAGUAUUUAUAGACUUAAAUUGUGUAGAAAUGUUGUAUGAUCAAAACUGUAUAGGAUUUUACAUAUCCAGACCUCAUCUAUGUCACCAAAUGUAUGAAUAUAGAAGACUGUUGAGAUGAAGAUGUUCCUGCAAGCUCUUAAAUACUUAAAUAAAACGCAAGCAAAGUGA